GAAAUGAAAAGGUAUAUUCUAGAGUUAUGGAGUUAUGUAGUGUUAUGAGUUGUCCAACCUCAUAGCCUUCCACUAGGUGGCUGUAUGUACAUCCGAAGUUGCUUGCAAUCCAUUAAUAAUGAUAAGAAGAAGUUAGGGUUGGCCCUAAUCUUAUUUUUAAUUAAAAAAAAUAAAAAUACGGAUGGAUUUGCUCAUAUGAUUAUAUGAAAAUCUGUGUUUGUACCAUAUGAAAAUGUUUAAUAUUUGUAUUAGUAGUAAUAAUAAUAAAUUACGGAUUGCAACCGACAAAAGAUUAGAGAAGAAGAAGAAGCUUACGUCAUUCGACGCGACACUUUCCACGGUCGGAGCUGAACCAUGCCUAAAUAUAAGAGCAGUGUCCGUUGUAAGACCAAAAAAAUAAAACUAACUCGGAAAACCAUCGGUGCUCGGGCGAAAUCUUCCUACAUUCCCUCACAUGCAGGCUCAUCUGACACCAACACUGUUUUUCCCUCAUCACAUGACAUUUGUACUGAAAACUCAGAGGAAGAAGGGACCGCGUAUACCAGGGCAAAAAGGAAGGAGCUGAGCCUAUGGGAUACACUAAAAGAUCAGGUCUUGGAAGAGUCCUAUAAGUCCUCCGCUCCUUUCUCUGACAUGUGCUCUGUGUGCAAGAAACCUGGAGUAUACCGCUGUCUGGAAUGCAGCAGAAGCAGUGUUUUUUGCAAGGAUUGUGUCUACACAGUACACAUAAAUUCUUUGCACCUCCCUGAAAAGUGGAAUAAAACCUGCUAUGAGGCUGCUUUCCAGCAGUUGGUGUUGCAUUUAAGUGGGGAUCACAGUACCCAUGUUGUUUACUCCAGAGAUGUAAAGACUUUUGUCAACACAGGUCAUCUCAUUAAUUGCAAAGUUUCUUUUUGUAAAUGCGAACCUGAGGUCUGCACUCUUCUGAAAUAUGGCCUUUGGCCUGCUUCACCGGAGAAGCCACAGACUGCUUUUUCAAUGGCUCUUCUUGAGCUAUUUGUCCAUCUUUCUUUGGAGUGCCAGAUCUCUGUAGAGGGAUUCAUCAACACCUUACGGUGGAAAAACAAUCUUACUGUUAUGGAGGUUAAUAUGCUGUACAGAGCCCUAGUAGGAGAGUCUAUUUCCCAGUUUCGCCAUUAUCACUUCCGACGAAGGUCACUAGUUGGCCUUUGUGACCAAUUUGAUGAUGGCACAGUGUGCCCGGCAUGCAUAAAGACUGAUGGCACUGUAAUUGUGGCUUUGGAUGCCAACUUUGGCCUUGUACGAAAAAAGAGCUCUGGAAGUAGUAUCACUGAGCCAUUGCAGGGUAACAGAAUGUUUGUCAGGGAUGAAGAUGUUGAAGAGUAUGUCAGGUCAAAUCCUGACAACUGUCAACCAACAGAGAACUGUAGCAAGUUUAAAGCUGGCAAUGCACUUCGUUCCCAAAACCAGCAAAAAAAAUUAGACAUAACUGGUGUAUUUGGAGCAUCAUGUCGCCACGAGGUUCCACUGAUAUUUCUUAACAUGACACAUGGAGAAAGAAAACUGGAGAAGGAAUCCCAAAAGGACUUUCCCUGGCGGUACCAGCAUUUCAUGUGUAUGGGCAUAAACUGCAGUGUCAGAUCAUGUACAGCACGCGACGAGUUCCUGGAUUUGGACUAACAGAUGGUGAAUGCAUGGAGAGGUUAUGGUCGUUUUUGAGAAGAUUUUCUCGAGUGACUAAAGAGAUGACUCCCUCCCAUCGCCUUGACCUUCUCACAAACGCACUCCUGUACUAUGGUAGAAGAAAAUCUGCAGAUCUAGAUGUGCAGCUUCUUCAGAGGUGGGACAAAGCCGAGAAGAUUGCGAGUAUUGCUGAGGAAGAGAUUUCUGCAGUUUUGAAAGAGUCACCGAUAAGCAUUUCUGAACAUGACCUACAACAAUGGAUGGAAACACAGAGACAUGUAGCCCAAGCUGCACAUUUAAAAACUAGAGACAAAGAGAUUGUUCCAAGAUGGAAGAGGAACUAUGUGAUGAAGCUGACCGAAAUCAACCAGCUCAGAUCCGGAUCACAUCAACAGGACUCACUCAUUGAAGAUGAAUCACAACUGGACAGGGAUCUUCGAAUAAUUGAGAGACACCAUGCUGUAAAACGAAGAUGGGUCCCUUCGGAUGACAUUUUCCAGAGAACACUGAGAGAUGUUGACCAGGAACUUAGAGGUCAGCUGAUACAACGAGCACAAAAUGAAGCAAGGGAGAGGGCCACUCUUCUGAACCUGAAAAGAAGAUAUAAUGGUAACGCUACUUCUUUUCUAGACUGUAUGGUCAUUAGCAAAAUUGAAGCUAAAAGGUCUUGUGGUUGAAUCCCAGCAUGUGGUAAACCUAAAUUUAAUCUUUAUGUUAUCCCUGCAUCAUGCAUAUGUUCACUCUGGGUACUUAAGCUUCUUUAUGCAGUGUAAGAAGUGACUGGUUUAUUCCAACUUGUCCUUUGUCAUGGGUAUGUGCUUUUGAUGUGUAUGGUUAUUUAUCUUUGGUGUAUGAAUAUGUUUCUUGGGUGUAUCCUGUUUUUCACCUAAUGCCCGUUGUAAAUAGGCACAGAUAAGUGAGUAUUGUAAUACAUCCAUUUUCUAAUGGACAUUCAAUGAUCUUAUGCAUUACUGCAGAUAUUAAGUCACUGUAAGAACUAUCAGUCUUUAUAUUCUGAGGAUAACUUUUUAAGAGUACAAUUAAAAUAUCAUUCAAUUAUUGGCAGUAAUAGAUUUUGACCUACAAACUGAGAUUUCCUUAUGCGAACUUUAGUGUCAUGUUGAAUAUCUUGUGUAGAAUUGGCUGCCACUACUUGUGUUCACAAAAUCCAAAUUGAGAUAAACACUA